AUGCAGGAGUCCGGGAAACUCCAUAGCGGCCCCACUCUCGGGCCAGGACAAAUAGAGAGCUUUCCGCCUUUAGUUUCCGCUGCUGAAAAAUUUUCUAAAAAUACACCCUCUGAAUUUGCCAUUGAUUUGAUCAAUCAAGAGACCAAAGACACUGUUUUACCUGGUGAAAUUGUGCUUAUGCCCACCCAAUUGGCAGGCCCACUACCUCCUAAAGUUGCAGGCUUAAUUUUACCCAAAUUUUCUGCGGCCAAAGAAGGAAUCCAGGUUAUUCCAGGAGUUCUGGAUCCUGACUAUGUGGGCACAAUAAUGGUUCAACUUUGGAGCCAUAUGCCCAUGCAGUUAAAAAGGGUGAGUCCUGGGCGCAUUUGGUGGUGCUCCCUUCUCACCCUACUGCUUCUAUUAUGGAUAGUAAUUUGCACGAGCUCUCUCCUUUUCCCCCACAGCUCUUAGCUGUAAUCCAGCGGAUUGGUGAACAGAAGCUUCUUCGUAAGUAUAAAAUUAAUGGCAAGGUUCUGGAAGGCUUGAUUGACACGGGCGCGGACAUUUCUGUAAUUUCCAGUAGUUGCUGGGACCCCACGUGGCCCCUUGAGUCUGCCUCUGCAGUUUGGGGUGUAGGUGGACCUCAAACCUCUUCCAAAAGCGUACAGUGGCUGCCUGUUUCUCUGCCUGAUAGCUCUGAAACCAUUGCAUAUAUCCAGCCCUGUGUGUUAAAAAUCCACCUCAAUCUGUGGGGCAGAGACUUACUACAACAAUUACAAGCUACCAUUCAAUUUAAUGAGUAAGCUUGCACUCCCCCUCAACUGGAAAUCAACCAACCCGGUAUGGGUAGAACAAUGGCCCAUAACGGGGGAAAAGCUACUUGCUUUAAAAGGAUUGGUGAAUCAACAAUUAUCGGCUGACCAUAUCGAGUCCUCAGUUAGCCCCUAUAACACUCCCAUCUUCGUCAUAAAAAAGAAGAGUGGAAAAUGGAGAUUUCUCCAGGAUUUAAGGAAAAUUAAUGAAAUCCUUGAACCCAUGGGGCCUUUGAUGAUGCCUAAUCAAAAUGUGAUCCCACAUUCUUAUCAAUUGGCUAUCAUAGAUUUGCAAGAUUGUUUCUUCUCCAUCCCCCUACAGGAGAAGGAUCGUAAAUUCUUUGCUUUCACUGUUCCUGUGUUAAAUAACAGCCAGCCCACGGGACGGUAUCAAUGGAAAGUCCUACCGCAAGGAAUGUUGAAUUCCCCUACCAUGUGCCAACAAUACAUCAGCCAUGGAACACCCUGUUGCUUAAGCCGUUUGUCCAUCGUAUUACCCAAAAAGCAUCAUUUGACCCGCUCUCGAUAUCGCCGCUCUAUUGAAUUGACUAACGAUUGUGACGAUUCAAUUUCUCUUCCCAGUAGGUCUGAAUAUAUCUCUUUAGCUGUUUCUCUCCAGGAGUCCCUGGAUUGGCUGUACGCAAUAGUAGGAACAUUAACUCUUUAG